CAGAAGGGAGAUGGAAUCCAGAAAACUAAGCCAGCACUGAGGUUCCACACUCUGAACUGUGAGGCAGUGUUGAGGCUUACCCUUGUGCCCCAGAGGCCUGGCACAGUGUCUGCUCCAAGCCCUAGAGACUAGCAGGGACAAGUGUUUGAUGUGAAUUUGAAUAGGACACCCUGCUAUAAGGCAUUAGCAUUCCACCUGCUCAUAACAGUUCCUGUCUGGAGUCUUUGGCUGGGACUCCUUUGUCCUUGUUCCCUGUCCCACCCAUCAGGUGAUAUAAGCUCUGAAGCCUUUGCUCCAUGAGCACCCUGUGGUUCUCACUCCUGGGGACCCCACAUUAUAAUAGAGUCCUAGUGGCAGCGGAAGGUUUGGGCUUAUGUCUGCCAUUCUAGGCAGUUUUUCUAAAAUAGGGAAUUGGAAAGAGAGCAAUCUGCUCCCCUUCCUGAAGUCCCUUGACUCUGCCCACCUGAACAACAGCCCUGCUCCUACCUGCCUCUUUCCUGGGCCCCAGGUCACAGGCUGGCAUGGAGACCCAUUGGACUCCCUGAGGGGUUGUGCUCUGUCUUGCUAGGGGAGCCUGGGGUCCUAGCAGCAAGUUCUCCAGAAUUACUGCAAAGGCAGAUGUCCUUAAAGGACACUGGGCAUUGUCUACCCUUCGCCAUCCAGGUGGUCUCUAUAAGUGAAGGAAGUGGGGGAGGGGAGGGUCUGCAUGGCAACCUCAUGCUGUGACCCUGCUUUUUAUUACUGGAUGAACGGAUGGAUGGGUGGGUGGGUGGAUGCUACACUAGGCUUCUAGACACUACCUUCAGGGUUGGCUCUCUGCUGCAGCUAGUGACCCAGGGUGUGGGGACCUCACCUGCCCACAACGGGACAAUGCUGUCUGGCCCUGGCAGGGCCCUUGCCCACUUCUAUGAGCCCAGUAAAACAGGUUUGCUGCAGGCUCUACCACAGUGCCGGGGCUGGCUCUCGCUGGUGUCUACUAACCACUCCAUCCUCUGUGGCUACCCUGGCCAUGAUGUGGUGCAGGAGUGAGAUGCUGCGGAGGCGGGCCCGGGAAGAAGACGAUGCGGUGCUGAUUGACAUGGCCUCCCUGGAAUCAGGGAAUGGAUCCUCUUAUGGCAGCACAACCCAUGCCUCGGAGGCAGGUAAACAGCAGGUGGCCCCCAGCAGAGUCGGGAGCUCUGCCAAACCCCGGAUUGAUUUUGUUCUUGUUUGGGAAGAAGACCUGAGGAACAAAGAGAGCCCUAACCACGACAAGACAGACACACAUGAGUUCUGGAGGGAUACCUUUCUGGAAAGUCUUCGUCUGGCUGGCCUGGAUGUAGAUCAGCGUGAUGUCCAGGACGAGGCCACUGCAGUUCACUACGUCCUCCUCAGAGCACCCUGGGCUGUACUGUGCUACUAUGCAGAAGACCUGCGGCUGAAGCUGCCCCUGCAGGAAUUACCCAACCAGGCCUCCAACUGGUCAGCCACCCUUCUGGAGUGGCUGGGCAUCCCCAAUAUCAUGCUGGAGCACGUGCCGGACACGCCUCCCGAGUACUACUCCUGCCAGUUCAGAGCAAGCAAGCUGCAGUGGUUCCUUGGGAGUGACAACCAGGACACCUUCUUCACCAGUACCAAGAGGCACCAAAUUCUAUUUGAGAUCCUGGCCAAGACUCGAUAUGGCCACAAGAAGAAAGGCUUGUUUGGGAUUGACCAGCUGCUGGCAGAAGGUGUCUUCAGUGCAGCCUUCCCCCUGCAUGACGGCCCACUCUCUGCAGUCCCAGAGAACUCCCAGGUCCUGGGGCUCACCCAGCGCCAAGUCUUACUCCAGCACUGGGCUCGCUGGGGCAAAUGGAACAAGUACCAGCCACUGGAUCACGUGCGUCAGUACUUCGGGGAGAAGGUGGCGCUCUACUUCGCCUGGCUUGGGUUUUACACCGGCUGGCUCCUGCCUGCAGCCGUGGUGGGCACAGUGGUGUUCCUGGUGGGAUGUUUCCUAGUGUUCUCAGACAUACCAACGCAGGAGCUGUGCCACAGUUCGGAUGGCUUUGACAUGUGUCCACUCUGCUCUGACUGCUCUUUUUGGCUGCUUUCCAGUGCCUGCACCCUGGCCCAGGCUGGGCGGCUCUUUGACCACGGUGGCACUGUUUUCUUCAGUUUGUUCAUGGCGCUGUGGGCGGUGCUGCUUCUGGAGUACUGGAAGCGGAAAAAUGCCACCUUGGCCUACCGCUGGGACUGCUCUGACUAUGAGGACAUUGAGGAGAGGCCUCGGCCCCAGUUUGCAGCAAUGGCUCCUAUGACAGCCCUGAACCCCAUCACUGGGGAAGAUGAGCCCUACUUUCCUGAGAAGCGCCGUGUACACCGCAUUCUGGCUGGCUCUGUGGUUCUCAUGAUGAUGGUGGCGGUGGUGAUUAUGUGCCUUGUGUCUAUCAUCCUGUACCGAGCCAUCAUGGCUGUAAUUGUGUCCAAGUCCGACAAUGCCUUCCUCUCGGCCUGGGCUCCACGGAUUGCCAGCCUCUCAGGGUCAGUGGUGAACCUUGUCUUCAUCAUCAUCCUCUCCAAGGUCUAUGUGGUCCUGGCCCAGGUCCUAACAAGAUGGGAGAUGCACCGGACACAGACUGAAUUCGAGGAUGCCUUCACCUUCAAGGUGUUCAUCUUUCAGUUUGUCAACUUCUACGCCUCGCCUGUGUACAUUGCCUUCUUCAAGGGCAGGUUUGUGGGAUACCCAGGCAACUACCACACCUUGUUUGGAGUCCGAAAUGAAGAGUGUGCUGCUGGAGGCUGCCUCAUUGAGCUGGCACAGGAGCUCCUGGUCAUCAUGGUGGGCAAGCAGGUUAUCAACAACGUGCAGGAGAUCCUCAUUCCAAAGCUGAAGGGUUGCUGGCAGAAGUUGUACUCCAGGAGAAGGAAGGCUGGCAAGGGGGCCCACCCAGCACCUUGGGAGGCUGACUAUGAUUUGCUGCCUUGUGAGGGGUUGUUCGAUGAGUACCUUGAAAUGGUGCUGCAGUUCGGAUUCGUCACCAUCUUCGUGGCCGCCUGCCCGCUGGCGCCGCUUUUUGCCCUGCUCAACAACUGGGUGGAGAUCCGUCUGGACGCGCGCAAGUUCGUGUGCGAGUACCGGCGCCCGGUGGCCGAGCGCGCCCAGGACAUCGGCAUCUGGUUCCACAUCCUAGCGGGGCUCACACACCUCGCCGUCAUCAGCAAUGUGAGCUCCCGGGCCGCCCGCUGGGUGGGGUACCGGGCUUUCAGGGAUGAUGACGGACACUAUUCCCAGACUUACUGGACUCUCCUGGCCAUCCGCCUGGCCUUUGUCAUCGUCUUUGAGCACGUGGUGUUCUCUAUCGGCCGUCUUCUGGACCUCCUGGUUCCUGAUAUCCCGGAAUCUGUGGAGAUCAAGGUGAAGCGGGAAUACUACUUAGCUAAGCAGGCCCUGGCUGAGAAUGAGGCUCUCCUUGGAGCAACAGGAGCGAAGGAUGACCAGCUUCCAAGCUCAGAGUCUGGGCCUUCCAGCCCAGGGUCUUAGAACUGGUGACCUCUGGGUGGUGGUGGCAUGCGCCUUAAAUCCUAGCACUUGGGAGGCAAGUGGAUGUCUGUGAGUUUGAGACCAGCCUGGAAUACAGAGCUAGUUCCAGGGCAGCCAGGGCUGUUACACAGAGAAACCCUGUCUCAGGAUGGGGGUAAGGGAAGAACUGGUGACCUCCAUCUUUGAGGUCACAGUAGGGGUGACUGGAAGCUGACACACUUGCCUGGAAGACUGCUGAAGAUGCGCUAGGGGACAGUUGACGGUGCAUGUCCUUGGAGGCCGUGGCCAUGCUCCUGUUCCCAGCUCAGCAUACCCCCUACCCUUGUUUUACAAUAGCCAUGACCCAUGGCUGCCAGUCUUUGGCUCACACAUACGGCUUGAUCACCACCCCUACUAGAUACUGCUUAAGGCUAUCCAAAUGGAGCAACAGUGCUCAGAGACAUCUGUUGGCCUUCAGGGGGCUAUUCCAUGAACCAAUGGUUUGUCCCCCUGUAUCUCGAGGCAGAGGGGUUGUGUGAAACGCUGGCUUCUGUGGCUCUCAUUUUUACAAUGCUGGCCAAUGUACUCAGAGAAUCUCUCCUUCUCUUGCCUCAUCCAUGACUUUCUCUUGUCUCCAACAGGGAGGUCCCCGAUUCCUGUCCCCAAACCAAAGGCUAAGGAUCCUCUGUGUGCAUUCCUGAAACUUAGUGACCAGGAGGUUGCUUUACUGUUGACACAUCCUCCUGCUCCACCCCACCCCCAGGCAGAACUCUUCUGUCAACUGAGCAGGUUAGACCCUGGGGUCCCUGCCUCCUCAGGGAUCUACUCAGUUCUUUUGCAGCAUUCCUUGUGAUAGCGUAGGGUCAGAUCACCCCUCCAGACCCACCCCUUGCCUCUCCUCACAUGGUCAGUACAUGUCUGCUCAUCUGGCUCUUAGACCUGAUACCACAUCCCAGGCCGCGGUAGGAAGCCCACCUCUGCCCCUCCUUUCAUACCUAAUCCCCAGGGUCUCUGGGUUCUCUCUGUAUCUUGGCCUCUCUAUCCCGAUAGAUCAAGGGCCUCCACAGCAUCCCCGCUGUGUCCUGUACCUUCCAGUGCUAGGCCAGGGACUCAGCACACAGCCAGCCCAGAAAGGGGAAGGCUGUGGAAUGAAGCCUAACCCCUUAUAGUGGAAACAAAACCAAACCAAAAACCAGAAAGCAGAUUUCUGACAACUAGUGGGCCUUUCCCAUUACCCUCCAUUCUGUUCACAUACAAUUACUUUUCAAAUUGGGUGCCACUUGAGCCUUUUCCUGAUGCUUGCCUUCUGUUAGCUGGGUUAACUGGUAGUUAAUUGCCACUGAUUUCCUACUGCUGCCCACUCAUGAUGGGAUAUGGGCCUUUGCUCCUCUUCUGACAUUCAUCCAUGCUGG